UCUGUAGCGAUAAUUUACCCCUUCGAAUGCACUACAUGAGUUUAUAUCGUUGCAUUCCCGAAAAAUGCCGAAAAUCUACUUCUGCGGCUUGACAUCGAGUAAACUCGUUCGCGGAGACGAAUCGGUUGGUAACACCUCAACUCUGUCGGCGAUAACCGAGCCCACGCAAAUAAAACACGAAAACGUAACGGACGUCGAAAUCGGAUGGGAUUACCUGCUCGUCUGGAAAAAUGACAAACUAUACGUAUCUGGACAAUCCCGUUCGCAAGACACCGCUGCGGGUCUUUGUCCACUCGAGAUACCCGGGCACCCAAAAGUCGCUUUGAAACAAGCGAUAGCGGGCUCGGAGCACGUAACUCUUUUAACCAACAGCUGCGAUCUGUGGGUUCACAAGAUGCAAAGUAACACGUGGAAAGUAGUGCCAGACUUCAUUUCAUGCUCAGACGAGGGUGGCAGGAAAGAGCACGUGAUAAAAGUGGUCCAGGGCCGUUGCACCGUGGCCCUGACGAAUGCGGGUCACGUCUUUAAUAUCCCAGUUAUGCUGAAUAACCCCGAGACGGUGGAAUUCGUCGACAUAGCUUGCGGCUUCGAUCACACGAUUUUACUCGCCAAAAACGGAGAUGUCUACUCGAUUGGGAUGGGCACUCGCGGUCAACUGGGUCAUGGAGAUUUAGAAGACUGCGACGAGCCAAAAUUAAUCGAAGCUUUGGCGGGUUUGAAAGUUCUUCAAAUCACCGCCAGUGGUUGGCACAGCGCUGUAGUUACGGAUCAGGGAGAUUUGUACACAUGGGGCUGGAACAACAGGGGGCAACUUGGCCUGCCUGACGUUGAAAAUGUAACGGCAGUACCGACACUCGUCGAUUUCAAAAGUCAAACUGGACAAUCGAUUGAGAUAAACAUCAAAAAAGUACAAUGCGGAAAUGCAUUCACGAUCUGUCGAACAGACAAUGGAGACUUUUGGGGAUGUGGUUCGAACAAGUACGGCCAGCUUGGCUUGACCAAAAAUGACUCCUCUUCCACCAAACAAUUUGUAAGAUUGAAAUUCAACAACGUGAACGGUCAGAUCCAAGACUUCAAAUGCCGCGAAUGGGGCACUUGUAUAUAUGCUGUGAACUAAAGGUUGUUAAUAAAAUUUACAACUUGACUGUUUCCACUUCGUACUCCUU